CCGCCACGCCCAAAACUUUCUAUUUAAACAACCCGGCGCAGCAACCCCUUCCCUCUCGCUGCUCCUCGCCUCAACACUCUUGGAGCUCUCGAGAGAGAUUAUCGCGCAGCUCGCUUCGUCCCGUCUCCAUCUCGGCAUCCCCUGUUCCUAGCUUACUUCGUAGCUCCCUCCAGCCCAGCCAUGGCCGCGGACUCCCCCUUCGACUGCGUCCUCGUAGGUAAGCAGCAGUGGAUCCACGAGCUCGCUCGUUGUCCAUGGCGACCGCGCUCUUCUCGGCUCUUGCCGACAGUUCGUGUCCCAGCCGUUGGCCGGUUGGGUUGCCGGGCCACCAUCGUAUAAUAAUAAACUCAGGCGGCUCCUCUCCGGCGCGUGCAGACCUCGACGACACGCUGUACCCGGGCGACACCGGCAUCGGGCUGGCCCUGAAGCGCAACAUCGACGAGUUCCUCGUGGCAAAGCUCGGCGUCACCGCCGAGCGCGCGGCCGCGAUGCGCGUCGAGCUCUUCCGCACGCACGGCAGCACCCUCUCGGGCCUCAUCGCGCUCGGCUACGAGGUGCACCCGGAUGAGUACCACAGCUACGUGCACGGCAGGCUGCCGUACGACAGGAUCGCCGCCGACCCGCAGCUCGCGCGGCUGCUGCAGAGCAUCCCGCAGCGCAAAGUGCUGUUCACGAACUCGGACCGUGCGCACAUGAAGCGGGCGCUACAGCGGCUGAGCGUCGACGAGGCGUGCUUCGACGCCAUCGUGUGCUUCGAGACCAUGAACCCGCACCUCUUCGGGGAGGCGAGGGAAGAGCACGCCAACGCUGCCCGCCCGGUGGUGGUCCUGAAACCGUCGGUCGAAGCCAUCGUGGCGGCCAUACGUGUCGCCGACUCUAACCCACGUCGAACGCUCUUCCUGGACGACAACGAGAGGAACAUCGCCGCCGGGAAAGCUCUCGGCCUCCGCACCGCCCUGGUUGGCAAGAGGGUUAGGAGCAAGGAGGCGGACUACGCGCUGGAGAACAUCGGCAACCUCCGGCGAGUCAUCCCGGAGAUAUGGGGCGUCGCCGGCGGCGAGAGCAGUGGACAGCCGGAUCUUGGCAUCGACAAGAAGGGUAUGAGGUCCGACCUGGAGUCCAUCAUCCAGCCAGCGUCGAUCCAGGCCUAAUUUGAUUCCUUAUCCUCAAUAAUUAAUCAAGGGAUAGGAUGGCACUAAUAAAGCCCACUCACUUAUAUAUCAUGUAAAUUAUUCUGAUCCCGGAUGUGUGAAUACGUGUACCUAGCUGACAGUCAUGUACAUUUCUGAUCAGCAUUAUGUAAAGCAAGUGCAGGACGAGUCAUGUUUCAUAAUAUUACUGGUAUGUGAUCGUUGUGUGUU